UAACCAUUGAUGAGAUAAAGGAGAGAGAAAACCAUAGAUAAGGUUGGUGGUUCAGUUUCCGGAUUCCCUCUGGUGCCACUCUCGUCGUCUAGACUUGAGCGAGAAAAUAUAGAGAGAGGGAGAAGGGAGAGUUAAGAGAGAGAGAGAAUCAUCUCUGUCUUGGGUAUCGCUACUUCCAUCUGCUGACACUAUCCUAUCCGUUUCCCAUUAUCUUCACCACCCGAGGAGGCUCGGCCAUUGAACAAAGCCGUGUAUAAUCCGGGGAAUAGAAUUUCAACUGCUUUUCUCUACUACGGGUAGCAAUGUUAACUUCAGCAGCAACCCUAAAUUCGACCUCGUUAGCCGCCUUGGGAGUAAUUUCGCCCACAAACACCAGCCGAAUGCGCCUCCAGCGAACCCAACCGGUGUCAUUAUGGUCCUCAUCGCCACAAAAUUUGCUCAAACCGAGGAUUAUCUCCACCACCACCGCCACGGGCGGCGGCGGCAGCUGGGAAACAGAAACCUCCGUCAAGACAGCUGUUGCCGCCGUCGAUUCCUCCGGCCCUGCCGAAAAGCAACAGACGAGCACCAAGUACUAUUUUGUGGUAGCAAAUGCAAAGUUCAUGCUGGAUGAAGAGGAGCACUUCCAGGAGCAGUUGUUUGAGCGGCUUCGACUUUAUGGAGAGCGAAACAAAGAGCAGGACUUCUGGCUUGUGAUUGAACCCAAGUUCCUGGAAAAAUUUCCCAAAAUUGCCGGGCGACUGAAGAGACCUGCUGUUGCUCUUGUUUCAACCAAUGGUACAUGGAUCACGUUCAUGAAGUUAAGGCUGGAUAGAGUUCUAUCAGAAAGCUUCGAAGCAGAUAGUCUGGCAGAAGCAUUGGCAUCUAAUCCUGUCGAUCUAGAUUUUGAGAAGCCAGAAAAAUGGGUGGCACCGUAUCCAAAAUAUGAGAGUGGCUGGUGGGAAACCUUCUUGCCACCAUGUUCUGCAAAGCAUAAUGCGUGAUUGUUAUCCUUUCUUGGUUUUUCUCUUACGAAGAUGAAUUUUCUGGGAUGUAAUGUAAACUUGACGAGGGUAAUGCGUAAAGGUCAAUCCACCUUAGAUUGAGUAAGCGGUUGUUAAGAAGUGAAUACUAGAAGCACACAACCAGAUUACUGAGGAGAUUAUGCGGACUAAUGAGAAUUUAGAAUUGCUUUUUAAGCGUUGAAUCUUUGUUGAUGAAGCUUUUAAAAGUUGGUUAUGAUGAGUUGGAAUUGAUUUUUGUCUUGAA